CAGCUGUGCCGACAUCCACAACAAGAGUCUAUGGAUUCUGUGAUGCUGGACUCUGUCCAGGCAGAGCAUGGCUCACAUCUGCUCAGGCAGCUGGAGAGGAUGAGAGUGGCUGAGGAACUCACUGACGUGGUGCUGCUUGCAGAGGGGAUUCCCUUUUCUUGCCACAAGGUUGUGCUGUCUGCAUUCAGCCCUUACUUCCAGGUAGAGUUGACAUGCACAGGUGUAUAGAAAGUUAUUGUGCUGAUGUAUAAAAAUACAGCACAGUGCAAUCAGUGUUGUUGCCUGUAGUUGCUUCACAUUCCAUUAUUUUGGUGAAUCGUGUCCAGGCUAUGUUUACAUGUGGUCUGAGAGAGACCCGGGGAGGAGAGGUACAUCUCAGAGACACUCCAGCUCAGAGUCUGGAGCUGCUAUUGAACUACAUGUACCGAGCUGAACUCUACCUUUCAGAUGACAACAUCCAGGGAGUGGCUGCUGCCGCCUUCCUGCUCCAUGUAGAUGGAGCCUUCAGGUUGGAAAAGAGGCUGGCAAGUGAGAUGUUGAUCAUCCAAUAAAGUGCCAUUAACUGGACUUCUUCUUUAUCCUGCUUGUACCUCCCUUGGUGAAGUACAGUAUUAAGAUGGUAAUACUGUACAUGUUAGAGGGCAGUGGCUCACCCUUCAACUAGGAUAACAUUUUGUGCUAAUUGGUACCUUGUUGCUACUGUUUCAGAUUGUGUCAGAGACACAUGGAGGCCCGUAUGGACCCCUCCAAUUGUGUCGGAUUGUAUCACUGGGCCAGAGACUUGGGGGCCACUGGGCUGGCUGACUGCGCCUUGAGAUACCUUUGUCAACAAUUUUCCCAGGUUUGUAAAGAAGAAGAAGUGCUGGAACUAGAUGCUCAAAGACUUGGGGAUCUGUUGGGUUCCGAUGACCUCAACAUAUCACAGGAGGAAGUUGUGCUGGAGCUGGUAUUGCGUUGGGUAGAGAGACGAAGAGGGGACUCGCAGAGUGAAGCCCAGGCUGUGGAGUUACUCAGACGUGUUCGGCUGGAGCUUGUGGACCCUGGAUUCCUCCGUAAAGCCAGGAGGAAAAAUCCAGUACUGCUGCGGGAUGCUGAGUGCUUUGGGAUGAUUGAUGCUGCUCUACAGAGAUCAGCUCAACCUCGCCCAACUCUUCGCUAUGGCAUGGAGACCACUGACCUGCUGCUCUGCUUGGGUGGGGUUAAUAAGGAGGGAGUGCCUGCCCGUCGUGGAGGACGUGCUGACCUCAGUUUUUGCUUUGCACCCCAUGGUAGAAAGACUUACUACAUCCCCUCUCCACUGAGGGGCUGUGGAGGUAUGGGACAGAUCACAGCAGGGGCAGUGACACAAGAUAACAACAUAGUGGUGGCCAUAGAGGCAGAAGACCAGCACAGGGUGAAGAGGGUGGAUAUCUACAGGUAUGAUAAUUCAGAGGAGAACAGCUGGGUGGAGUUAUGCUCAGCACCAUACAGAGAUAUGUAUGCUUUAGGACUGGUGGGUGAUGCCAUCUACAUGACAGGAGGUCAGAUGAAAGUGCAUAAUCACUACAUCAUCACAAACAGUGUAGAGAGAUGGUCGCUGAAAAGAGGAGGCAGCUGGCUCAGCUUCGCCCCUCUGCCUCUCCCAUUAGCCUGCCACUGUGCUGUGAGCCUGAAGCAGCAUCUCUAUGUGCUGGCAGGCUGGUCACCACAGUUCCACCCAGAUGAUGAGCCUGACAAGCUGAGUAACCGUGUGUUUCAGUUUGACACUCGUAAGGACAGGUGGACAGAGCGCGCCAGGAUGAAAUACUCCAGGUACCGGUGCGGCACAGCUGUUCUCAAAGGCGAAAUCUACAUACUAGGUGGUAUAGGAUGUGAUGGAGAGGACCAUGGACAAUCACGUCGCUGUCUGAGCUCUGUGGAGAUCUAUAACCCUGAUACAGACACCUGGAGGGCGGGGCCGACCCUGCCCACGUCCCUACUCUCCCUUCGAACCCACGCAUCCAAUGUGGGAGUACUGGAUGGAAAGCUCUACCUCUGUGGAUACUACAAAGGAGCUGGCCGCCAUGACAUCAUCAUCAAGGAGAUUUUGGAGCUGGACCCUGCAGACAAUGUGUGGACGGUGGUGGAAAGACGAGCAGCCAUGCAUGACAGCUAUGACGUCUGUCUGGUGGCUAACCUCAAUCCCCGAGACCUCUUCUCACCCUAAUUCAUCUCCUUCUGACUGAGAAACAGCACAAAUUUCUCAUCUUCAUAGAGUUUUAUACAAACCUGGCUUGAAUCCUAACUUUCAUAUGUAUCAGCAUCAAGAUAUGCAUGUGAAAUCUGCAUGGCUCAUUGGUCGCUGUUGCUUUGAUGAACAAAAGGAGUCAAUUUAUAAAUUCCCCCUCCAAAAACCCAUAUAAACCUUUACAAAAAUUAUUCACGUGAACAUUUUCCCACUGUUUUGCUACUUGUGGCUAAAGUUUGAUCAAGG